UUCCUCAGUGUCCUAGCUUCAGUCCCUUAGUUUCUCCUGUUGGCCACAGAAUCGCAGGCACUCUGUUCUACGACUACAGAAUGCUUGCUAGUACGUGUCAUGACUUAUUCCGUUUCCUGUUCCGGUUUUCAAUCACUUAAUAGCCUCGGGUUUACGCUUUAUCGAGGUAGCAGUGCUUGUGUUCUUCAUCCAACUUCCCACGGGUUGUGUACUAGAAUUUCCGUCUACGACCAGCUUCCUGUUGCCUCCCGUUUCUCUCAACGUCGCCGUUUCUCUGCUCGCUUUCCGCUUCUCAUGGCGUCUCAUAAUCACGCCGAAUCAUCCGCCGUACCUGAAGUCGCAAAUCCCGCUAAGGUGCACAAGAGCGCCGUUUGUGUGAUUCCUCCAAAAGAGACAUGGAGCUCCAUCCAAGCCAUUCGUGUCGUACACGAUAAACACUACAAGCGAUGGAUGCCUCACAUGAACCUGCUGUACCCGUUUUGGGAGGACAAAGGGGACAACUUCCGCAGAGCAGCAGAGAUCAUACAAACAGCACUGGCGGGUACAGAGCCAUUUGAGAUCCAGCUCGCCUCAUUCAACGAUUUCCAUCAUGGCAAGAGCUGCACGGUCUGGCUGCGGCCCACCCCCUCAGCUCCCUUUAUCGUCCUUCAGAGCAAGCUGGAAGCUGCCUUCUCUGAGUGCAACGACCUCAGUCAAGUGGUAGCUGACCGCUUCUGCCCUCACCUCUCCGUUGGCCAGUGGCGCAAUAAGAAGGAAGCACAAGGAGCCAUCAGUUUAUUCCAAGAGACAUGGACGCCCAUCUCGUUUCAGCUUACCUGCGUCUCCCUUAUCAGUAGGCAAGAUGUUUAACUAGUCUACUACAUCAGUUUCCAGUUGUGAAGUAUCCAAGACAGCAUGCAUCUACAAGUGCCCUUAGGUUCGGCGCUGUAAAUUUAUGGAGAGAGCACGCCAGAGAGAGCAAGUGCUGAAUGAGGGACGACUAUGUAAAAGUCAUAGUGAAUGCAGUGAGAUUCUUAGAAUAAAAAAACAGACCAAUUCUUUUAGGUCAGCAUGUGUAUCGUGGUCCUAUGGUCUAGUGGUUAUGACGUCAGACUCUGAAUCUGAAAGGCCGAGUUCAAUUCUCGGUAGGACCUCGGUCUCAGUAGUCGUUUUACAUUACC